UAGGCUGCAUAAGAUUGUCCUUCCCGGCGCCCCGUAGUGCGCGUCUCGCGGCUCUCCCAGAGCUACAGGGGUGGAGCCUGCAGGAAAUUUAAACCGAAGCCGCGGCCGAGGGCGCCCGGCGAAGGGUGUCGGAGUCGUUCGGGAACAACCCGGCCUCCCGAGUCUGAAGAGCUCAUGGAGCCCGCGCGCCUAACCCGGAGGCCCUGAGGAACGAGUACGGAGGCCGGGAAGGAGCCUAGGGCCUGGAUGAGCGAGCCUGGAAAGGGUACGGAGGCCGGGAAGGCGAGAGAAAGGCCACGAUUCCUCCGGGCUGGAGAGCUCCAUGGCUGAGAGGCGGCUCCGGGCUGCGGACCCAGGGGCGCAGCUAGGAAUUUCCAGUUGUCCAGAAAAAUGCCACAAGAGCUCUCCACGUGCUGGGAGGCAGCCCUUUUCUGGAAAGUCUUUCUACUUGGACCUACCUGCUGGCAAAACUCUUCAGUUUCUGACCGACGCUAUCCAGCAGCUGGGUGGGGUAAUUGAGAGUUUUCUGAGCAAAGAAGUGAGCUACAUCGUGUCCAGCCGCAGAGAAGCGAAGGCAGAGAGCAGUGGGAGCAGCCUCAGAGUCUGCCUGAGCCCUGGCGAGGUUGGAACGGAGAUACCACCCAGCGCCGAUGCACGGGGCAGCCAUGGCCGGCCUGCACAGGUGCCCACGGACUCGGUGCCCAUGAGCAGAGGGAAGGAGCUGCUGCAGAAGGCCAUCAGAAACCAGGGGAGCAGCAGCGGAGGCGGCAGUGGGAGCAGCAGCAGCCUCCUGAGUAACGCCCGUUUCUGGGGAGUGAGGGUCCUGCAUGUGGAUGACAUGAUGGUGUACGUGCAGCAGCUGUCUCUUGGGUCUUUGAGUGUGAAGAAGCAGGAGCCCAGCAAGCCAGAGGGAACGCGUCCAGCAGCAGAGACAAGAACACGGAAAGUGGCCAGGCUGAAGGCACCGUUCCUCAAAAUCGAAGAUGUGAGCAGGAAGUUUCGUCCUUGCCACCACCAGUUUAAAUCCUUUCCUGAAAUUUCCUUCCUGGGACCCAAAGACGCAAGUCCUUUUGAGGCCCCAUGGACGCCUGGCAGCUUACACCGACCCAGAGAACCCCAGCCCAGAGACCCCAGUCUGCGGUCAACCACUCGCACUGUGCCCCGGAGGAAGAAGGGGUACUGUGAGUGCUGCCAGGAGGCCUUCCACGAGCUCCACGUGCACCUGCAGAGUGCCCAGCACCGGGGCUUUGCCCUGGAAGCUCGUCCCUAUGCAGAGGUGGACAAGCUCAUUGCCCAGCUCAGCCACAGCCUGGCAAAUGUCCCCUUGCAGGCUGGCCUGUCCAGGCAGUCAGGUGACCCAGCUCCUGAUGCUGACCCUGUCUGUGCCAAGGCUUUGCCCCACAGCCAGCCCUCCCACCCCAGGGUAGCACCACUGGAGACGAGGAGCGACCCCCUCCAGGCCCCAGGCACAUCACAGAAGGAUGACUUGAUGAGCAACAUGCCUGCACCAGCUGCACCUGUAGGGACCUACGAGACAUCAGAACCAGGAGCAAGCUGUCAAGAGCCUGGGGGCUCACUUGAGGCAAUAAUGGACACUCCGGGGAGCCCAGCCUCCCGGAAUGCCACCUGCCAGUGCCCCUGGACGGCCUCUGCUGUUAUGGACCCUUCCUCUGGCUCGGACUCAGCCCCUGUGGGUCACAAGCGCAAGGUGCAGUUCCCCAGCGGCAGUGCUGGGAAGAGACCCGGAGUGUGCUGGCCACAGGCCUCAUUCUUUGUCCCACGAGCCCCCAGCCCCUGCGGUAGUCACUUUCCCCUUCUUCCCCCAGGCCAGGGGUUCAGGCCCUCAGCCUCCCUCCUGCCCAUAAGCAACCCACAGAGCUACCUCUCCAUCCCAGACUCCUUCCCCUGGCAGCCUGUGGACAGCCCGGCAGAGAGCUGGGCUGCCCAACCACCAUGGCCCGGGGGAGGCCGGCCCCCAGAAUCUACAGCCCCAUUCCCCAUGUCCCAGCAGGCUGACCAGCACCCCAGCUGCCCACCAGUGCCGUGCCAGCUGUCAACUGUUGACCCAAGAACCCCAAGAUGCCCUGCCGAGGCCCCAGCUUCUUCCAUCCCCCAGGCUCUACCAGCCAGUGCGGGAGCCAGCUGCUCCCGGUGGCUCUGGGCCUCCCCGCCUCUGCAGGUGCCCUGCCUGCCCGUCCCCCAACCCGGGCCUCAGCCUAGCGCUGGCCCAGAGCUACUCCUCUGAGUCCCCGGGGACCACUUCUCACAAGCCACACAGCUGCAGGCAGAGGUGCUUCACAUCCAGGGUGUCCCUCUGCUCGGGACACCCACCCUGGGCCAAUCAGGUCAGCUAGAGGAGCAGAGCCCCACCACACAGGGAGCUGGCCAUCUCCUCCUGUUUACCCAGUUUGUGGCUGCCCUCUCCUGUCUCCGCUUCUGGCUGUGGUCCUGAGCUCACAGCUGCCUCCAGUGGGCCUGCCCAACCAGAAGGCAGAAACCAGGCUGCCUUCCUGGCUGGGCCCACGAAGAGGCUGGUGCAGCAGCCAGAGGCCCCUCCAGGGUGUCUACCUCUCCCUGUACAGCCCAGCCCCCAACCAGAUGGCACCCCGGCCUUGUGGUCUCCUCUCCCAAACAUGGCACUCCCUGUACCUUGCCCCCUACCCCGUCCUAAUGAGACCCAGCACAGCCUGCCCUGAACUCCCCCCCGGGGACCCGCCUCAGCCCAGCCGCCCACCCAGUGCUGCCGAUGGGGUCAGUGCCUCCUGCCAAGCCUGGGCGUCUCCUCUGCCCUCCCCCAGGACCUCCCCCCAUUUCUUGCAGCUGGGCCAUUAAUCUGGAGACAGAAAUGGGUUUGCUAUCGAUUCUUUGGCCACUUUUUUCAUUCCCAUUUGUGCUGUGGUUCUUCUCACCCUUCCCUGCCUGUUUGUCUCUUUGAACGUUGGAGCUGCCGGAAGCAGCUACAGCUCCUCCUUUGUGGGGAAGGACGGGGCCCAGCCAUGGAGAGGGCCAGGUUGUUUGAAAACAGCAGCCAAAUGUGCCACCCUCCUAGAGGGGCCAGGCCUGCCUUGUUCUGUCACACAUCACAGUUCACCUUGGUUCAGGAAAUGGAAAUAAAUUUGUUAACAAUGAACAGCGAAGAGAUGGGGCUGCAG